UCGGUCGACGAGGAAAUGGAGAUCCAUUUGGUUAAGAUCUUGGUUGUGGCAUUGGCCGCUCUUGAAUUUCCCAGAGCUCAUGCUCAUGACUUAACGUCCCAUUGUGUCGCGUGUCCAGAUGAAUUCAAGGGGCAAUUGAUCUGCGCCUUUCUCAACGGCUGCCACUUGGAAAUGGAGUACUGUUCCAUGCUGGUGUUGAACUGUGGCCGUUAUCUGCAUCGUAAACACAUGUUCCUGGUCAAGAACAUGGGAAAGUGCGAGGCAGUUCGGGGAUACAAAUGCAAGUUUAUGGAUUUCUAAAUUCUGGCGGAGGUUAUCCGCAUUUAUUGAUGUAUGGAAUGAUUACAGUUUAAAGUGCUUAAUCUGAGUGAAUGUGUGAUGAUGUGUUGAUUAAAACUUGACGAUAUGUCCUGUGAAAUAUACAGCGUGUUUGUCGCGAAUGAUGAACACAAACGGAUGA